AUGUGGUUAAGUAAUUUAUUUACUAUAACAAAAGACAAUGGUCAUGAGGACAGUAAUAACAAAGAUAAAGUUAAAGAAGAAUCAAUUAAUAUUUCAUCAAAACACGAAAAUGAAUCAAUAAUUAAUGAUUUAAAGGCUAGAGUUGAAAAGGUAAAAAAGAUACACACAAAAUUACAAGCAUUACAAAAUAAACAAGACUUAAAUUUAAACAAUAACACAACAAAUACCCUUCAACGAGAAAAAGACAAACAAUGCAUGUCUACUAAAAAAAAUGAAAAAAAAUUAGAAAUAAAUAGUUGUGAAAUAGAGGAUGUCUUGAGGAUUAUACCAAUUAUAGAAAAUUAUCUACAAUCACUUACCAAGAAGGUGUCUUGUUUAUCUAGCUCACUUGAUACGAAACAACUCAAUGCCAAAAUAGUAUCAGAACAAAAUGUUAUUCCAAACAAUUCUAAUAUAAAUAGUGCUUCGAACUCUGUAAACCAAUUGAACGGUAUGGUAAAUAAAACAAUGCCAACAUAUAAAGAUACUACAUCGAAAUUAGUUUCUAAAGAAAAUAACAAAAUGCAUAAACACAAACGAAGUGUUAUAAAAAAAAAAUAUUCUUAUCAAAAAGUUAACCUUAGAACAAGUUCUGCUGAAAUAAUUAAUAAAGAUGAUCAAAAACAUCAAGAAAAAAACGAAGGAAAUGCACCCAAGUACAGUGUUACAUCGAUCAACCAGUUCACCAAUUUAGAUGGACAGUUAGAAUCCUUUUUUACAAAAAUACAGUCAACUUUAACUCAAUAUAAAAUUAAUCAAGUUAAAGAAAAAUCAGAAAUUAUGUUUAAUCUAUCCAGACUGGAGGAUAAAAUUAACACAAACUAUACGAAAAUUGAUAAAUUAAUGUCCAGUAUCGAACAAUUAAGUAAAAUAAACGAUCCUGCCAAUCACGUUAUUUUUAAAAACCAUUCAAAUCUUGAAAUAGAAAAUAAACCUGAACUUAAAAAAAGUAUUGAUGAUAUUAAAUUCUGUGUUGAUUACCUUUUAAAACCAAAUCCUGUUGAUAUACUAAAAACUCAACAGUCUGUGACUACCAAUACUCCAAUCAUACAAACAAAUAUUAAUGGCAGGUGUACCUGGGAUCGGUGUGUUUGCAAAUUAAUAGACAAUAAUAAUACAACCAGUUCACAGGUUAUAAAUUCACGUGAUGUUAAAAAUCAAAUUAAGUACGGUGAUAUUUUUUUAUACGAGUUUUUAAAUGCAAAGCUAACUUCAGAAAGAAUAAAAAGAGACGAGCAUCAUCAAAUAGCACAGGUAAAUAAUCUUUCAAAUCAAAUCGGCGCUAAUAAAAAUAGUAAUUUAUCGAUUUGUCCAAAACAAUCAAACMUUUUUUCAAACAAUUAUGAUGGAAAUCAAAUAGACAAACAAAAAUCUAGCCAAUCACCAUUAUGUUCAAAAGAAUCAAAUUAUCUAAAAAAUAAUGGUAGACAACCUGGAAAACCAAAAAUUAACCAUUUAACCGUAUGUCCCAAGCAAUCUGUCCAUAAUUUUUCUAAUAAUGGUGUUGAAAAUCACACUACAUCAAACCAACUGAAUGCAAGUAAAUCAGUUCGUGAAAAAAACAAAAUUUGUAAUUUUCUUAUAUCUCAGCCAAUUCCUGAAUGGAUAAUACUUGACGAUAAUCUCGUUAAAUCAGAUAAUCUAUGCUGUAAGGAAGUUACCAAUACGUCACCAUCAAAUAGCACCUUAAAUGUUAGCAAAUCUUAUAAUAUUGAGCGAAUAAUAAACGAAAGCUAUGACAAAAAUGAUAUAGUUUAUGAGAUUACACAGAAACCCGAUGUUCGAAAAGAAAUGAAAAACGACUGUACUUUCAAAGAACAAAUAACACCAUGUAAUAGACUUAACAAUGAACCGUGGAACACGAAAUAA